AUGUGUCCAUCUAUCUAUAACAUCUCACUAACCUGUAUAUCUCACUCAACAUUUCCCUUCUCUCUCUUUCGCUCUCUCUGUCUCACUCCCUUUCUCCUUCUCUCUCUCUCUCUCUCUCUAUCUAUCUAUCCAUCUAUCAUAGUACUCCCUUGUAUCUCUUGUGCAGAUGAUAUAAAAUCCAGCGAUCACUUUACUUUCAAAUAUCUUCCUCAGCCAAUCCUCUCACCCUUGCACCAACCCUCGCCUUCCUGCCUUUUCUGCAACCUGAAUUCUAUUUUUCUUAACCACACCCCACAUUGCCACUCAUUUUCUUUAUUCUCCCCCACUAUAUUUUUCUUCUUCUUCUUCUUCUUCUUCUUCUUCUUCUUCUUCUCACUUGUUUUUCUUUUUCUUCGGUUUCUUGCGUUUUUCUUAUUCUUUCAUUCUUCUUUAUUCUUUUUUAUUUCCAUUUAUUUGAUUCAUUUUAUUCUUCUGAUUUUUCUCUUCUAUUUCUUUCUUUUCAUUUCUUUUACUCUUUUCUUUUCCUUUUCUUCUCGUUCACUGACUUUUUAUUCUUUUUAUUUCAUCUGUUUUUCUUUUUCUUCUAGUUCUUUGUUUUCUUCUUUUUCGUCAUCAUUUUUUCUUCUUGCUUUCCUUCUUUUUUCUUAUAGACAAUAUAAAAUCCUUCCUUUUCAUUCUCCCCCCACCCUUUUUUUUCUUCUGGGUAUCUCUUUAUUCACUUUCUCAUUCUCUCUAUCUCUGUCUUUCUUUCUUUCUCUCCCUCUAUUUUUUCUUUUCUCUUUUUCUUUUACAUUUCUCUUUCUUUUUUCCCCCUUUUCUCGUUCAUUCUUUCUCUUUUCUCCCUUUUCCUUUCUUUCUCUCUUUUUCUCCUUUACUCUUUCUCUCUCUUUCUUACUUUUCCAUUUUACUUUCUCUCACUUGCUCUUUUCCACUUUAUGUGUAUUUUUGUCACUUUUUUCUCUCUUUCUUUUCCACUUUCACUUUCUCUCUUCAGUGGGAGAGUGA